CACCCCGCUGCGCUCUGCUGGGGGUUGGGGCUAGCUUUCCCGCGCGAGUGUCCCUGGCAAGUGCCCCCGACAGCUAGCCCACCAUGCCGGCGCUGCCUAGGCUGCUACGCUCUUGUUGGGGCAUCUUCGUGCCCUUCUGGACGGUGUUUCUGAACACCACGCUGGUGGACGUGGUCGGCUCGGAGCAGCAGAUCCCCCUGUCAGUUGUGAAGCUCUGGGCCUCUGCUUUUGGUGGGGAGAUCAAAUCCAUUGCAGCCAAAUAUUCAGGUUCCCAGCUUCUGCAGAAGAAAUACAAAGAGUAUGAGAAGGAUGUUUCAAUAGAAGAAAUUGAUGGCCUCCAGCUGGUGAAAAAGCUGGCAAAGAAUAUGGAAGAGAUGUUCCAUAAGAAGUCCGAAGCCGUCAGGCGUCUUGUGGAAGCUGCAGAGGAGGCUCACCUGAAACAUGAAUUUGAUGCUGACUUACAGUAUGAAUAUUUCAAUGCAGUCCUGAUUAAUGAACAAGAUGAGGAAGGAAAAUAUUUGGAGCUGGGGAAGGAGUUCAUCUUGGUUCCAAAUGACCAUUUUAACAACUUGCCUGUCAACAUUAGUCUGAGUGAUGUUCAAGUUCCAACCAACAUGUACAACAAGGAUCCUGCAAUCGUCAAUGGCGUGUACUGGUCUGAGUCCUUAAACAAAGUAUUUGUAGAUAAUUUUGACCGGGAUCCUUCUCUGAUAUGGCAGUAUUUUGGAAGUGCAAAGGGAUUCUUUAGACAAUAUCCAGGUAUUAAAUGGGAACCAGAUGAGAAUGGAGUCAUUGCUUUUGACUGCAGAAACCGAAAAUGGUAUAUCCAAGCUGCCACUUCUCCCAAAGAUGUUGUUAUUUUAGUGGAUGUGAGCGGCAGCAUGAAAGGGCUGCGCUUGACCAUCGCCAAGCAAACAGUGUCUUCUAUUUUGGAUACGCUGGGGGACGAUGACUUCUUCAACAUCAUUGCUUAUAAUGAAGAACUCCACUAUGUUGAGCCAUGCUUGAAUGGGACCUUAGUCCAGGCAGACAGGACCAACAAAGAGCACUUCAGAGAACACCUGGACAAGCUUUCUGCCAAAGGAAUUGGGAUGCUGGACAUUGCUUUGAAUGAGGCCUUCAGUGUGCUCAGUGAAUUCAACCACACUGGACAGGGAAGCAUUUGCAGCCAGGCAAUAAUGCUCAUUACUGAUGGGGCUGUAGACACCUAUGACACAAUCUUUGCAAAGUAUAAUUGGCCAGAAAGGAAGGUCCGCAUCUUCACAUAUCUGAUAGGAAGAGAAGCCGCAUUUGCUGACAACCUCAAAUGGAUGGCCUGUGCCAACAAAGGUUUUUUCACUCAGAUCUCCACCUUGGCUGACGUCCAGGAGAAUGUCAUGGAGUAUCUUCAUGUGUUGAGCCGUCCUAAGGUCAUCGACCAGGAGCAUGAUGUGGUCUGGACAGAAGCAUACAUCGACAGCACUCUUCCCCAGGCACAAAAGCUUGCUGAAGAUCAGGGGAUGGUUUUGAUGACGACAGUCGCCAUGCCUGUUUUCAGCAAGCAAAAUGAAACUAGAUCUAAAGGGAUUCUGCUUGGAGUGGUUGGCACUGAUGUCCCAGUGAAAGAGCUACUAAAGACCAUUCCUAAAUACAAGUUGGGGAUUCACGGUUAUGCUUUUGCCAUCACCAAUAACGGCUACAUCUUGACACAUCCUGAACUCAGGCCUUUGUAUGAAGAGGGAAAGAAGCGGAGGAAACCCAACUAUAGUAGCGUCGACCUUUCUGAAGUGGAAUGGGAAGACCGAGAUGAUGUGCUCAGAAAUGCCAUGGUGAAUCGGAAGACGGGGAAAUUUUCCAUGGAGGUCAAGAAGACAGUGGACAAAGGGAAACGGGUUUUGGUGAUGACAAAUGACUACUAUUACACUGACAUCAGGGGCACGCCUUUCAGUUUAGGUGUGGCUCUCUCUAGAGGACACGGGAAAUAUUUCUUCAGAGGGAAUGUAACCAUAGAAGAAGGUCCAGCACUCCAUCCUAAGUGGACAGAUCAUUUGAAUUAUGAGAAUGAGGAGGAGGAGGGCCUACACGACUUAGAACACCCUGACGUAUCCUUGGCAGACGAAUGGUCUUAUUGCAACACAGACCUACAGCCUGAACACCGACAGCUGUCUCAAUUAGACGCUAUUAAGCUCUACCUCAAAGGAAAGGAGCCGCUACUUCAGUGUGACAAAGAAUUAAUACAAGAAGUCCUUUUUGAUGCCGUAGUGAGUGCCCCCAUCGAAGCUUAUUGGACCAGCCUAGCACUCAACAAAUCAGAGAACUCUGACAAGGGCGUUGAGGUUGCCUUCCUCGGAACCCGGACUGGUCUCUCCAGAAUCAACCUGUUUGUGGGUGCUGAGCAGCUCACGAAUCAAGACUUCCUGAAAGCUGGAGAUAAGGAGAAUAUUUUCAAUGCCGACCAUUUCCCACUCUGGUACCGAAGAGCAGCUGAGCAGAUCCCGGGCAGCUUUGUCUACUCCAUCCCAUUCAGCGUUGGAACAGCAAACAAAAGCAACGUGGUGACUGCUAGUACUUCCAUCCAACUCCUUGAUGACAGGAAAUCACCCGUGGUAGCAGCUGUAGGUAUUCAGAUGAAACUUGAAUUUUUCCAGCGGAAGUUCUGGACUGCCAGCAGACAGUGUGCCUCUCUGGACGGCAGAUGCUCCAUUAGCUGUGAUGAUGAAACCAUUAACUGUUACCUCAUAGACAAUAAUGGCUUCAUCCUGGUGUCUGAAGACUACACACAGACUGGAAACUUUUUUGGUGAGGUCGAGGGAGCUGUGAUGAACAAAUUGUUAACAAUGGGAUCCUUUAAGAGGAUUACACUUUAUGACUACCAGGCUAUGUGCAGAACCAACAAAGAAAGUAGUGACCGGGCCCACAGUUUAUUAGAUCCUUAUAAUGCCUUCUUUGCUGCAGUUAAAUGGAUAAUGACAGAGCUGAUCUUGUUUCUGGUGGAAUUUAACUUGUGUGGUUGGUGGCAUUCAGAAACCACAGCCAAAGCCCAAAGAUUGAAACAAACCCUGGAACCCUGUGACACAGAAUAUCCAGCCUUUGUCUCAGAGCGAACCAUCAAGGAAACAACUGGCAACAUUGUAUGCGAAGACUGCUCCAAGUCCUUUGUCAUCCAGCAGAUCCCAAGCAGCAAUCUAUUCAUGGUGGUGGUUGAUAAUCAAUGUGCCUGUGAUUCUGUGGCACCCAUUACCAUGGCUCCAAUUGAGAUCAGGUAUAAUGAAUCCCUUAAGUGUGAACGCUUAAAAUCACAGAAAAUCAGAAGGCGGCCAGAAUCCUGUCAUGGCUUUCAUCCUGAAGAAAAUGCAAGAGAAUGUGGGGGAGCCCUGGGCCUUUGUGCCAAGCCUGCCCUCCUUAUGAUCCCGCUGCUUCUGAUGCUUUUCUCAAGGUGACACUGACUGGUUUGUUCCAUUGGCAUGCUAAUUACAUGGAGAAACUGUGAACUGAAAUAUGGUGCAACAUAGACGACAUGAAAUAUAGUCCAACCAUCAGCAUUUCAUGAUUUUAACUGUGCGUGAUAUAAACUCUUAACGAUAUGUCAAGAAAAAAAAGGUUAUCUUUUUACUUUGCCAGUCAUGAAAAUGUGCAGUUGCCAUAUGAUAAUCUCACUUCAUCACAAACAGGGCAUCAAUUGGUAGACAGGUGGUGGUCCUUCUCUGCUUUGUUCCAUUGAUGCCAAUUUACA